AUGCGUGCUGUCGCGCUCAAACAAGAAGUAUAAAUAUUGCGAGGAUGAGAAGAAGAAAUAAAUAAAAUAGGGAACGGGACUCGCGCAGCAAGAUUGGAGAAAGUCGGCUGAGUCCGGCAAUACGAUUGGUCGAAGUCGCUCGGUGACGUCCCACCAUUGGUCGAGAUCGUACUUAGCAAAGCGUAAAAGUUACUAUAAGAUCUAGCGAGACGGAUGCUAGCACAUUCAGUUGUUUUAUGCUCUAUGUAAAGCACCCGAACAGUUGCUAACAAUUGUGAUAAUAGUUUAAGUGUUUUGUUGAGUGCGUGACUACUUAAGUGACUUACUCAAAUUAAAUCAUCAAAUUUAACCAUGGCUUUGAUACAACCGGACGCUGCGAUGCAGGUGAUGAUCAGGAAGGAACUCAACGAGGACGUCAACACCAGAGACUCGGAUCUUAAGCAUAUGAAGGAGUGGUUGGCGAAGCAACCCCAUUUACCACACACCUGGGACGAACAUCGCAUUUUGACUUUCCUCCGUGGUUGCAAGUUCUCUUUAGAGAAAUGCAAGAAAAAGCUGGACAUGUACUUUACCAUGAGGACGGCUUGUCCCGAACUGUUCACCAACAGGGACAUCAGGAAACCCGAGCUGCAGGAGAUCGUUAAAUAUGUGAACAUUCCUCCAUUGCCCGGUCUAACUCCGAAUGGAAGACGUGUGAUCGUGAUGAGAGGUCUCGAUAAGUCGAUCACAGCCCCGUCGAUCUUCGACGCGAUGAAGAUCGUUUUGAUGAUUGGUGAUAUCCGUUUGGAUGCGGAAGAGACGGGCGUCGCCGGAGACGUUUACAUCAUGGACGCGAGCAUCGUGACGCCAGCUCACUUCUCGAAAGUCACCCCGUCGAUCGUGAAAAAGUUCCUAGUCAUCGUCCAGGAAGCGUACCCGGUGAAGCUGAAGGAAGUGCACGUCGUCAACAUUUCCCCGAUCAUCGACACGAUCAUCAACUGGGUGAAACCGUUCCUCACCGAGAAGAUCCGCAACCGCAUCCACGUGCACAACGACUACGAGUCUCUGCACAAGAUGAUCCCCAAAGACAUUCUGCCUGCAGAGUACGGCGGCACCGCAGGCAAAUGCCAAGAUUUCCACGAUGCUUGGAUGAAAAAACUGGAGGAAUACCAGCCCUGGUUCCUCGCCCAGGAAUCCGUUAAGGCCGACGAAUCGAAACGUCCAGGAAAACCGACCAAUUACGACGAUCUGUUCGGUUUGGACGGUAGCUUCAGGCAAUUGGCCAUCGACUGAUUCUGCUCAACGUACACAAUAUUUCAAACUCAUCGAUCAAUCAAUCACAAUUAUUUUUUAGUAUUAUUAUACAUUUUUUUUGUUUUGUUUUGUUUAAAUUGGCACACUUUAUAUGCU